GAUCCUUCGGUAGCGCGGAUCUGUUUUAUUCAGCAAUAAAAACAUAAAUAACUUUAGAAACGUAACAAAGUAUCGUCCGAAUCCGGUUUUAUUGUCCCCCCGAUUUUUCCCUCACGCCAGAAAGUGAUCGAAGUUGAAGUUUUGCCCAGAAAAUUUUGUGUUGAAAAAUAAAAGAAACAAAAAAAAAAAAGAAAUCAGCUCAGAAAUUUUGUGCGCCAAUAAUCCAGUAAGCACGAUAAUUUCCGAACUCAGGGACCACCUGCCUCAUCGUGGACGGCUCGAAUCUCCAAAAAAAAACCCAAAAUGCCCCUGGAUUCGAAACAGAGAAUCAGAUGACUGGCGUUAUCAGAAAACACGGGAAUCGAGGUCACGAAAAUCGAAGUCGAGCUGGCCCCCGUUGUACCAACGCAGGGACGAGUCCCACCGAAUCCUGUGGGACCGAUGCCUAAUCCGGAUUUGAACCCGACACCCCAAGUCAACGCAACUUAUCCCGGUGGGGUAGCUGAGACGGAACUGGUUGUCCGGACGGAAGAAGCGCUGAUAGUAAUCGUGGUACUGGUUCUGUGGGUGGCGGCGAUCGUACUGUUUUUCAAUCGAUGGGGAAAAAUUCGAAUGCUCGAACCGUACCAGCCUAAAUUCACGCAACAGCACAGACAGAGCUGUGCGAUGAUCGACCCUAAUCCCCUGCAGCACCGAGCUUGCUCGAAGUUCAAUAUCCACUGCUUGGAGCAUCCGAUAGUGUAUCCGGCGGGAUGCGGUUCGAGUUUAUCGAGACCCAGACAAAACAGCGUAUUCGUUGGUUCGAGCAUGUCGCUUUUGCCCUCCCAGAAUGCACCACGUCGCGCCAAAAGCGCAUUCGAUAUUCAGACUCUGAUUACCGCGGAGUGUAGUGGCGCCGCGCAGCGCCAACAAAAUUCUUUCGAGGGUUCGACGGACCUGCCGAAAAGAGCCAGAGAUUUCGCGAAGCCGUUUGGCGAGUCGUUGAGACUACCGGAUUUCCCUCGACCUUCGAGUUCCGGUCAUCAGAGACAGCGGGGUAUGAGCAUCUGCCAUUUCGAUCGCACCGACGUUCUCGCCCGGCCAUUGAUGAGGGAAAGAGGGAUGAGCAUUUGCCAGUUCGAGAGGGGUGAUACCCUGGGGAAACCCUCGCAACAACGGGAACGAGGUAUGUCGAUCUGUCAAUUUGAUAAGCAAAUGCCAUCCUGCAGCAAAACGCCGGAUAUCGUACACGCGUACAGAGCCACUUGCGUUUAAUUACAAAAAUCGAGGAUCAUCCAUCUCUACAGAAAAAAAAUAAAAAAAAGGGAAAAUAAAAUCACGACGAGGAGAAAAAUUCAAUCAAUAAUCGCCGAAUAUGAUUGAGAGGGAUUCUUCUGUUUUUCUUUCCACUGAAACAAUUGUAAGUUCCUUGCAAGUGAAAAAUUCGAGGUAAUAUCACCGAUUGGUAGAGAAUCAAAGAAGCGAGAUAUUUAAUGGAACAAUAACUACCUGCAGUCUUUUGUACAAAUAUACCUGUAACGAUAAACCUGUGCGCGGUUCGAUGCGUACUUCAUAACUAUAUGAAUGAAAAUCAGACAACUGAGAAAUAUAUUAUCCUAUCGAAUGAACUAUAUAUGAUACAGAAUUUUUAAUACUAGUAUUUUCUUACAUCCCGAAUUACACGUUCGAAUAUAAUAAAUAAUACGAAAGGGGUACGCAUGUAGAUAUAAUGAAUAAAUUAUCCGACGUUAUCCGCAUAAUCUGAUCUGGAUUCAUAUUUUUCCUUUCAAACAUAUUGAACAUCCCAUACACAUGAGCGAUCAAAAAAAUAAUAUCAAAUUGUAUAAAUCCCAGCGUAAGUAUAUGACGAAUUAAAAUAUUUUUAUGAACCGUAUAAAGAAUUCACUUAGGUCACGUAAAGGGACAACCAAUUACCGAUCAAAAUUUCACAGCCGACCAAACAUGCGAAAAAGUCUAAACUUCGCAUCGGAGUUGUGACGCACCUGCGAUAAAAAUCGCAGAUAUUUUUUGCGCCAAAAACGCUAUGUGCAUGGGAUGUAACGUGUGUAUAGAUCUUAAGUCGACCCACAUCAUCUUCGAGCCGUCUGAAAGCGAUGCUGCGGCGACGUUGUGAACCGCGGGAUGAUUGUAAUGAUAAUCCCGCGUGUAAUAUUUUGAGAAAAGCCAAAGCGGAUCGAAGAUGACGUGAGGUUUGAGAACACGCUCGGAUGGAGGAGAUUUCAAAUACAAUAUAUACAAUAUGCGAGUUCGAUCGAAAUAGGAAUCAUAAAAGAGAAUAUAUACAAGAACGCUAUAAAUUUCCCUCCAGCCAUAUAAAGUAUAAUAAUUAAUUCGUCGUAAAAAAAAAAAAAAAAUUAUAAUAGUUAAAAUAUGUGAGAAAAUUAUUUUUACAAAAAUCGAACGAAAGCUUUAAAAACUGUAUAGUAUUAUCUCCUUCUAUUUUUCCCCUCUCUCGCUUUCUCUCUCUCUAUCAUUCUUGAACAAUUGAAAAAAAAAAAGAACUAAUUUCCUUGUACUCUAUGAACUUUCCUCCUAAUGUUUCUUGGUCAACCUAAUCCGCGUAGAUAUAUUAUAUCGAUUCUAUCGAGUAUUAUUUCCUCCGAUUCGCGUAGACGUAGAAUCGAAGAGAACGAUGAAAAAAGAAGAAAUAAAAAUUCAGAAGAAUUUUAAUCGUAUGAAUUAGUGUAUAGGGGUGACAUUAUAUGGACAUUUUCAAAGAAUCCCGUGCCAAAUAACUAGAGAAAAUUUAAUCGAUAUCGAGAAACUAUUUCUCCAUGGCCGCGCCGUAGGGCCCGGAGAUAAAAAUCAAGUGCCGUGCAUUACUUCAGAGUUGUUCAUGCUGUUGUUUCAUUUCAAAUGGAAUCGAGAAUAAAUUCUAACUCAAUAUUAUGGAGACCAACUAUACUUAUUAGACUGUCUGAAUCUAUAGCCUUAGGUUAGUUUAUAGGUGAUACUAUUAGAAUAUGAAUAUAUCGGAGCUGUUAACAUUGGGACCUUUGAACGAUUGAAUAUGAUAAUAAUACGUAAGAAUACUGUAAGUUAAUCGAAGAGUUUCUUGAGAUCAUCACUUUGCUAUGUAUACCUAAAAACUACUCAAUGUAAUUACGAUACCGAAAUACAGAAAGAAAAGCUUUUCCUCAACUAUUCCCGUCACGAACUAAGUUUUGAAAAAUAUCCUUCUAAUAUACAUUCACCGAUUGUAAUUUCUCACGCAGAUGAAUUUUAAUCGACUCACUGAUUUGUUACUCCUAUAAUAUUGUUGCACUGAAAAAUUUUACUGUGAAAAAUAAAAGAAGGAAAUGUGCAAGCAAAAUUUGAUGAUUAAUAUUGAUUGUAUAGUAGAAUUAUUUAUCUAUCACGUAAGAGCAUAUUUAUAAUAUAGUAAUAAAAAAUCCUAUGCCAAAAUUAUAAAUUUGGUUAUUUAAACGAAAAAAUGAAAUGAAGAACCGUUCAACUGAUGUAGGAUCUAAUAAACGUUUUCCUGUAAGAGAUCUGAACCAUGAAACAUGAAUAAAAAUGAAAAGAGAAAAAAAAAAAA